AGUAGAACUUGAUAAAUAGUUGCGGACACUCCACUUGCGGCAAUCUCAAGUAAAAAAAGGCAAAAAAAAGUCCACCACUCCAACCAUUUAGAGUCUUUCGCUUCUCGAUGACUUCAACACUGUUGUUGUUUUUGGAAGUGACACAACAACAAUAACAAUAAUCCUUACAACAAUACAAUUAAGAUUAUCUGAAAAUUGAGAUACAUUUAAGACAGUGUCGUAGAACUUCAAUCAAGACUUGAAGAAAAAUGAAAACGUUUGAACCAAAAAUAAAUUUAAAAGUGUUUUGUUAAGGAUAUAAAGUGUGGUUAUGUAUAAAAGUUUUGGUGUGUGUUCGAAUCUGGUAGAGUAAAAGUUAAGAAGAUGGUGCCUCUACCCGAAGAAUUUACUUAUGAAUUUUGGUUAUCUGGACCUAACGAUGUAUGCAGUACGGUGGUUACUUGUUUUAUGCCAAAUGGUAUUACUAUAUUGCUUAAUACACGAUAUGAUACAACUUUUGCUGAAAUUAAAGAGGAUUUAUGGAUCGAAGCUCAACAAAAUGCCCUUUACGGACUUUUACACGAUAUGUCCGUGUACGUUUUUCAAUUCAUCAACAGCAUGGCCGAAAUGGAAAAAGUUAUGGAUGAAUGGAAACGUCUUUGCGAUAUCAGGCCGACGGGUCAUGUUUUAAUUAUUAAAGAAUGUAGUGCAGAUGAAACAGAUAAUUCUCAUAUUAGUCAACUUAUAGGAAAACGUUUACAAGAUUUUGAUGCACUUAGUAGCGCUGAAGUAAAUCAGUUCCGGUUUAAAAUGCGUAAAUUUGGGGAAGACACCGCAAAAGAUCGGCAACAAUUAACUUGGGAACAAAAAUUGAUGUAUUAUUAUUCACCUAGAAUUGGAAUUCCAAACACAAUUACUAAGCAGAAAUUUAUGGUUUCUAUAAAAAUUGAUAAAGAUAAAUCGUUCUCAUUUAACGUUCCUCGCGACAUGUACCCAGAAAAACUAUUACAAAUUUGUUUGGACAAGCGUGCCAGCAAUUUAAACAUCCACGACGUUUAUGUUGAAAAGUACGUUUUAAAAGUAUUCGGACAAAACGAAUAUAUAAUUGGUUCCUAUCCAUUAAUCGAAUAUCAAUAUAUUCAAGAGGAAUUACUAAAGGAUGCUUACCCAGUUUUAGUUUUAGUCAACAAAGCAGAUCUUAUUUCUACAAUUGCUGGUGAUGAUGUUGUGGAUGUAUAUAGUUACGAAAAACGAGGUGGGAACCAUACAUUAAGAAAGAAAAAUAAAAAUAAAUCCGCAUGGGAUAUCAAAGAAACGUUUAAAGUUACUUUAGGUACAAUUUGUAGAAUCAAUUGUGAUGUAAAAAGAAACAUAGAGAUUGGAGUUCAAGCUAGAAUAUUUCACGGCGGAAAAUCCCUUUGCGAAGCACAAAAAAUUCCUGAACAUGUCAUUGAAGAUCAUUGCGAAUUCGAAAUCAACAAAACUUUAGAUUUUAAAAUCGAAGUUUGUAACAUACCAAAAAACGCCAAGCUUUGUUUUGUCGUUUAUGAAACGACGAAAAAGAGCGGAACAAAAUCGCGACGACUUCCAAACAAAGAUUCUUACAUUAACCCGGUAGCCUGGGCGAAUACAACAAUUUACGAUUUUAAAAACGCUUUGCGAACCGAUGCUAUGAGUUUGUAUAUGUGGAACAGUGCCGAAGAUAUGAUGAAUUUAAACGAUGAUAUUUUUCAUCCGCUUGGUACGGUAGUUAGUAAUCCGGAUACGAAAUAUGCGACGACGCUUACGUUACAAUUUGAGAAAUAUACUGAACAAACGGUCAUUUAUCCCAGUGUUGAAUCUAUGAUCAAUUUAGGACGGCAAAACGAAGAGCCACCAACACAGGAAUUGAUCGAAAAGUAUGAACAGUUGACAAAAGUUAUUUUUGAAAAUGAUUCGUUGGAGGAGGUUCAUGAUCAAGAAAGAAAAUCAAUUUGGAAAUCACGAAGAUAUUGGAUGAAAGAAUUCCCUGGAAUAUUACCAAAAUUGCUUCAUUGCGUUGAUUGGGAAAGUAACAAAGAAAUAAGUGAAGUUGUUGCUAUUUUAAAAGAAUGGCCUAAAAUUCCAGUUGAAAAAUCUUUAGAACUUUUAGAUUAUGCUUACGCGAACGAAGAAGUCCGAAGUUUUGCCGUAAAAUGUUUAAACGACCUUAGUGAUGACGACAUUUUACUUUAUCUUCUUCAACUCGUUCAAGCGAUCAAACACGAACUCUUUUUAGACUGUGAUUUAGUAAUGUUCUUAUUAAAACGAUCAUUUAAAAACCGAAAAAUCGGACAUUACUUAUUUUGGCAUUUAAGAUCUGAAAUGCAAGUUCCUUCUGUUUCCGUUCGUUUUGGUCUAAUUUUAGAAGCUUACUGUAGAGGUAGUCCUCAUCAUAUGAACGACCUGUACAAACAACUGUUGUGUUUGGAAAAAUUGAAAAGUAGCAGUGAAAUUGUUAAGAAACAUAGCAAUAAGGAGAAAGGAAAAUCUGCUUUACAAGAUAAAUUAACUGAAGAACAUAAUCCAAUACAUAAUUUUAUAAGUCCUAUUGAUCCCAAGUUUAGAUGCAAAAGAAUUAAAGUGGAAAAAUGUAGAGUAAUGGAUAGUAAGAUGAAACCAUUAUGGAUUGUGUUUGAAAAUACUGAUUAUAACGCAGACGAUAUUUAUAUAAUUUUUAAAAAUGGAGAUGAUUUACGUCAGGAUAUGUUAACGUUACAAAUGAUUAGGAUUAUGGAUAAGUUAUGGAAAAAUGCAGGUUUAGAUUUAAGGAUGAACCCCUACAAUUGUAUAUCAAUGGAUAAUAGGUUAGGUAUGAUUGAAGUGGUUCUUAAUGCUGAAACUAUAGCCAAUAUACAGAAGGAAAAAGGGACGUUUUCAGCAACUUCAGCGUUUAGAAAAGGUUCUUUAUUAGCAUGGUUAAAAGAUCAUAAUUCAACAGAAAGUCAACUGAAAAAGGCCAUAAAUGAAUUUACAUUAUCUUGUGCUGGAUAUUGUGUAGCGACUUACGUUCUUGGUGUUGCUGAUCGUCAUUCGGAUAAUAUCAUGAUUAAAAAAACCGGUCAACUGUUUCACAUCGAUUUCGGUCACAUUUUAGGGCAUUUCAAGGAAAAAUUUGGAUUCAAACGCGAACGAGUGCCUUUCGUUUUAACACAUGAUUUCGUCCAUGUUAUUAGUAAAGGGCAAAAAACCUUAGAGUUUAAACUGUUUCAAAAAUAUUGUGAGGAGGCUUUUACAAUUUUAAGACAACAUGGAAGUUUAAUAAUAUCGUUAUUUGCAAUGAUGAUAUCAACAGGGUUGCCCGAAUUAAGUUCAGAAAAAGAUUUGAAUUAUUUGAAAGAAACUUUGGUACUUUCAAUGUCUGAAAAAGAUGCCUUGGCUCACUUCCGGUCGAAAUUCGACGAGGCCUUAUCGAAUUCUUGGAAAACUUCGGUGAAUUGGGCGACACAUAAUUUAGCUAAAAACAACAAGGUUUAAUAAGAACGGUUCAAAAUCCUUCUAUCCCACUAACUUAAAAGUCUAAAAAGCCUAUAAUUGAACAAAAAAUUUUGUUUCUAAUCCAAUUCCUCCCAAGCCAAAUCAAGUGCCAAUAUAGUAUCAUUUUUUCCUAUAGAUAAUAAGUCAAUUUAAGUGAAAGUAAUCUAAAUAAUUGAUUUUUAGGCUUGUGUAUAUAGGGUUAUUCAGUUUAAAUAGGUAUUUAACAACAUUGUGUUCGUUUUUUGAAAUGUAAGAGGAGAGCCUUAAUAUUGAAAAAAAUUUAAUCGAAUUUAUUCUUCUCAAAAAUAGUGUGCAAUUCAUUUUUAUUUAAUAUUUAUGUUUUUAUAAUGGUUUAUUGAAUGACCCAGUAUACAUCUUUUUCUUUAUAAUAUUUAUGAAGCUUUAUAUAUAACAUUGUUUGAUAUAAUUUUUACACUUUUGUUUAGGUGGAUUAAAAUAAUUAAAAAUUCAAAACGAAAUUCUAUAAGCUAAGCUUGAAAUUAUUAAAAAUAGUGUUAUGUUCAAAUACAGAUCAUGAUUACAUAUCUACAAAGAAAAAUAUCUGCUAAACUAGUUUUUAAGUUAAAAAAAGUAUCCUGUUUUGUUGCUUAUAAUUAAGUAAUUAGCUCAAUGACUGAACGCUUAAAAAAAUAUAUAUAAAAAUAAAUAAACAGUUAGUUAAAGAAAAUGUGCCGUACUAUAUUUUGAUAUUUUGCAUAAAUUAACAAUAGAAAUAGAAGAAAAUCAGAAGAUUAAAUUAAGCUAUAUCAUUAAUUUACCGCCUUAGUUUAUUUUAAAUGUUAAAUAAUGAAGUUAAACGAGAAAAGUUAAACAAGUACUUACAGUUUAAAGAAAAAUAUAGCCAUGCUGCUGCUGUAAAUAUGUAAAUAAUCACCGUAGAUUUGUAAUAAGACGAUAAUAACGACGGAUUUCGCAUCAAUUACCAUUUAUUAUUAUACUGUUUUUAUUAUAACCUAUAUUUUUCUCUUUUUUUUGCUUUUGACGAUUUUUGCUCAUCUCAUUAAUUAUGCUUAAGUAAUUAAUUUAUUUUUUAUUACUGAAGAAUUGAUAUAGAAAAAAACUGCUUAUAAGUAAUAAUUUGUAGCAUCCAUUAUGUUUCUUGGUUUGUUUAUGCGAUCUAUCUGUCCUGAAAUUUAUAAACAAAUUAGUAGUGUUAUUUUUUUCUGUAAUUUUUAUGUACAAAAUGUAUUUAAA